GAAAGGUUGUUGUCAGCGGUGGUUAUGGAGAUGAGAUGGGACUGCGAGCUGUCAUUAAUACGUGUCUGCUAGAGGAAUGCCCAAGAAGACAGGAUUCACUGUGGUCAGCUCUUCAAGUCAUGAGGACAGCUUCAGUGCCCAGGAGCUUAUGGUCCACGCCCCCACUGUCAAUGGUUGGAGAUCAAGCAGGCUGUGUUCCUAUCCUCAGCACCUCACCCUCCAGCUGGAGCAGAGAAGCAGGAUACGGAAGCUGCAGUUGCUGGCUCACCAGUAUAUGAUCCCUUCUAAAGUUGAAUUCUAUGUUGGUGACUGCUCUCCUGAAGCCAGUCCCCCAGUCUUUCCUGGACAGUUUCAUAGACUUGGGUAUGUGUCUCUGUCGGAUAACGAGAAGACCGGUUUCAAAGCCCGGGAGCUGAAGUCGGUCCAUGUUGAUGCCGUUGGAUUAUAUCUGAGAAUUACCCUCCACAGGAACCAUGCCAACCGUUACAAUCACUACAGUCAGGUUGCCCUGGUUGCCGUUAAUGUUCUGGCGGAUUCUUUGGACGGUGGUACGUUUCACUCAGUGCCAAGCAAAGACCAGCUGAUUGAACAGUACCUCAACAAUACCCAGCAGGAAGCUGCCUUGGACACGACUUUCAUGGGAAAAUGUACAUCUAUCUCCCAAUUUGAUGACUUGGCCUUCGACAUGUACCAGGACCCAGAGGUCGCUCACAUCAUUCGCCUCUUAGACCAGAAGAAGCAAGAUGUUGUACGGCAGGAGAACUUUGAGGAGGCUAAGAAGUUGAAGCAAGCCAUCGCAGACCUUCAGAAGGUUGGAGAGCGUUUGGCUCGUUAUGAUGUGGAGAAGAAAUGCGCAAUCGAAAAAGAGGAUUAUGACCUGGCCAAGAAGAAGAAGGAGCUGAUGGAUGAGUACAGGAAGAGCGUCUACCAACAGCUGGAAGUUCACAACCUGCUGGACGUGUCAAUGAUCACCGGAGGAACAGAUUUGUCCUCAGCGCAGGGUCCACUUCUGCCUUCUACUGAUGCUUCAGCCACCAAGCCCUCGUUAUCCACAGAUGACUUUAAGAAAGGGAAGAAGACAAGCAGUCAUCACGACCAACAGUCAGCCUCACAGAAUGUAGUGUCUAAACCUAGCAGCCAGCCUGACACCUCUCUAACCCCUGCCACCGUACCUAACGUUAAUAUUACCAACGUGCCUUAUGAUGAGAGGCCCCUACCAGCCCUUCAGCGGAGAGAUCGACCGGUGGAAGCCAUCCAGACCCCAUCAGGGGAGAACUCUCCUAAAUCUGAUGUGCAAAGUUCUCCACAUGGUCCCAACUUUAGUGGAGAGCCAGAACCCCUUACAGAGAAGGUCCUGAGAGAGGCUGGCCUUCCUAUAGAGGCCUUCGGAGAGAGUCUGGUUGCUGGAGCAUAUUCUAAAAGCUGGUGCUACAGAGAAGAAGCGCUGCUCGCCGUGCACAGCAAACUGUUGGAAGCAGCCUCCACAGCCCCCAAAGACGAGCUGAGAAACAUGAUAAGAGCGGCCGUAUUUCUGGUUAAGGAGUCUCUUCUGGAUAAAGUUUCAUCUGUUUUUCAUGCCUCACUAAAGCUCCUCCGCUUAAUACUGAGCCAGCUGAUCCCAGGUGUGGGUUUAGGGCGGGCUGAGGUGAGCCACUGCUUGGAGCAGACUUUUCCUAACCUGCUUGCGAGGACGGGAGACUCCUCUAACCGCCUACGGGCUGCUGCCAUCACCCUCAUACAGGAAAUAGCUCUUUUGAAGGAUGUGAGAGCCCUGCAGAUCAUUCCUGGUGAAUUAGUAAAGCCAUUCAAAUCCUCCUUUCCCUCCCGUCUGGCUCAAAGUCGGACCGAAGUUCUCCAAAAACUCAUUGAGGAGCUGGGUAUAGAGAACUCCGGCGUCACCCUGGAAAAUGUCAUGACGUUCUGCACAGCUGCUCUGGAGCACAGAGCAAAAGGGGUUCGAGAUCUGGCAGUACGCAUCAUCUUAUACCUGUAUGAGCAACACAAAGGUGCUGUUCUCAGCCACCUCCCGCCUAAUGAUGCUGCCACACGGAAGAACUUCCUCUACAAAACCCUCUUUGAUGGAUUCGAAAAGAUUGAUGGGAUAACUCCAGAAGCUCAGACUGUGAUGAAAGGUGUCAGACAUCCGCUUAGAAAAAAGGAGAAGGAAAUCCACUCCCUUCAGAGACAGCUGUUUGCCCUGAAAGACAUCACAGAAAGAGAGACUGAACACACUUCAGGCAGAACAUCCAACAAAGAACAAGAUAAAGAUGAGAAAGAAUCUCUAAAAGAUACCAGAGUUGGUGACACAAAACAACCUCAGAGCAAGACAACUGACUGCGUAGAUAUACAGCAAUCCAUGGAUUAUCUGGAUAACAUGUGCAUUUUUUGCGGCAACAAAGAUGAGUCGUUCACAGAGGAUGGGUUGGACCUUCAUUACUGGAAGCAGUGUCUGAUGCUGCGGCGCUGUGAUGAGUGCAGACAGGUAGUUGAGAUAGCGAGCCUCACGGAGCACCUGCUGCGGGAAUGUGAAAACAGGUCCAAGUUCAGCCAGUGUCCACGUUGCUCAGAGGCUGUGCUCUCUGAGGAUCUCAGUCGCCACGUCAAGGGUUCAAACUGUAACCCGCUUGUUUUAGGUAAAGGCUCCACCUCCAACCACUGUCCUUUAUGUCACAACAACUUUCCACCAGGAGAGGAGGCCUGGAAGGCUCACCUCAUGGGCAGAGAGGGCUGUAAACAAAACUCACGCAGAACCGCCGUGUCCCAAAGAACCCAUCCAACACAAGGAAGGGCUGCUGGAACAAAGCAGUUGUGGCCGUUCAGAGCUGGAGUUGGAACCAGAACUGGACCAGUGGGCCGAGGCAGCCGGAUUCCAUCCCUGACACCCGGUGCAAGAAGAAAUGCGGCUGGAAAGCGAUGAAACUGGUCCGACACAAACUCCAUCGCACUUCAGUUGAAGCGAUAGUUCUUCUGAACAAACAACCUGAUUCAUUUGAGAACACCAAACCGCAUUAAGACAAUGAAGUUUAGCCUUUUAUAUUUCACCUGAAUAACUCUUUCCUUUCCAAAGGUUUAACCUACACCACCAAACACCUGUAGGGCCAAUACGCAUGACCUCACUGUGUGCUGGUAAAACAAGGCUUCUGGCCUCCUAAGCUCUUAUUUUUCUCACUGCUUUUUGAAGGCUCCGUAUUCUAUUUAAAUAAUAAUAAAAAAUAAAAAAAAGUUUUACUAUACAGCUCUUAACAGCUUAGAGGAUGACAAUUAUACUGGGAAAAUACAGCCACAGUGAGGAUGUGCUUAUCUGUAUUCUAAGCUAAUGGUUUAAAUUCAAAAGUACACGAUGCAGCGUUUUCCAAGUUUGCAGCCAGCUCUGCUUAGUCAUCUCUUACGUUAUAGACAAUGCCGGCUCUCCUCUGGUGCACGGUUUCACCAAGCUGAGACAGCACUGAUUAUGUCACCAUGAAAUCAUCGAGGAUAUUUGGUCGCCAAGUCUGUUAAGUAAACCUUCUGUGUAAACUUCAAGUCAGGUUUAAAGAUUUUUUUCCCCUACUUUCUUUGAUUUGACUUGACGUUAGGACAAAAAUACCACUUUAUUAUCCAUUUAUUCAUCACACAGGUAAAACCGUAUAUUUGCACACUGUACACUUGUUUUGUUUAUAUUUACUAUCCUACAUUAAACACAAACAUUUCUUUGUUAGGUAGAUACGAUUACCUAAAUAAUUUGUUUGCAACGAGGCAGAAAAAAGAGAGUGGAAGUUUAUUUAUUAGUUUCUUCUGAUUGAGAAGCUUACAUACAGAGAUUAUUCAUUUUCC